AUGCCCAAGUUUGUUCUCACCGGCGUCGGCGGCGGCAUUGGCGGCAUCGCUGCCGACUACGCCCUUGAGAUCGCGAAGCCGGACGACAAGUUUGUGUUCACCAGCACCAGUCUCAGCAAGCUCCCAGCCGGCAAAGUCGACGGCUGGAAGGCCAAGGGGGUCGAGGUGGCCGAAGCCAACUAUGACGACCCGGCAUCCCUCGCGAAGGUCUUCGAGGGCGCCGAUGCUGUUGCCUUCAUCUCGACCUGGGCGCUCGGCCAGCGCCCGAAGCAAGCGGCUAACGUGAUCGAGGCGGCCAAGACGGCUGGUGUUAAGCGCAUCUGCUACACUUCCUUCAUCGGCGCCGGGCUGGGCAACGACUCGGAAGAAGCCCGGCAGCGUGACGUGGCCACCAUCCCCUUCCUGCCCCAGGACCACGUGAAGACCGAGCGGCUGAUCCGCGCGUCCGGUCUGGACUGGAACAUCCAGCGCGACUACCUGUACCAGGACAACUGCGCGGCCUUCUUCUCGCAGAGCUGGAAGUACUGCGGCGAUCGGUGGCUAAACAACACUCACGGGAAGCGGGGCGCGUACGUAGCACGCGAGGACUGCGGCCGUGUCUUUGGUGCCUUGCUGGUCGGCCGCGCGCCGCCUAACACCUGCUACACCAUUACGGGGCCCGAGGCCGUGACGGACCGCGAGCUCUUUGACUACAUGAACUCGGUGUCUGGCUACAAGGCCGAGUUUGUGGACUGGACGGACGACGAGCUGGCGACCUGGUGGCGCGAGCGUGGGUUGCCGGACGACGCCAUCAACGGCGACUUUUCCAAGCUGCCUAUGAAGCUGUGCAUUCCAGACCUGCUGUGCUGUGGCCAGAUGGUAGCGGAGGGCCACAUGGAGGAGGUGACGGACGCGGUUGAGAAGCUGACGGGGCGGAAACCGUUGGGGUUCAAGGAGAACUUCACCAAGUAUGAGCAACUGUUUCCCAGGAACGAUUAA